AUGGGAAUAUCCAAAGUGUGCUGUCGAUGUUCUACAGAACCAAAUUCAGAAGCUCGAACUCCAGUUCUCCGACGUUUUUCCUGUGGAGUAGGAAGCGUAUUGAAUGAAAUCCAAAGCCAGCUUAUUUCGUUCCGUCUAGUUUUCUUCAUGAAUGUUGUAGGACUCUCCGCGACUGAAGCUGGCGUGCUGGCACUAUACGGGAAGAUUUCCCAGGCCGCAGCAACACCUCUUUGCACGUUUUUGGAAGAACGAAUUAAGAUCCCAUUUUUGUCCCGAAAACUCGGAAGAAGAAAGUCUUGGCAUUUCAUUGGAACAAUGCUGUUAACAAUCGUCCUACCACUCUACUUUGGACCUUGUUUUCCUUGUAAGAGUGAUGGUGGACAUUGGCAACUGAUGGUGUACAUUCUGACAUUGAGCACAGUUCUGUCAACUAGCGUUAGCUUGAUAGAACUUGGACAUCUGACGCUCAUUCCUAUUAUUGCAAAGAAUCAAGAAGAGGCCAUUGAACUGAAUGCAUUGAGGUUUGUUUUCCCUUAA